AUGGCUUCGCAUCACCCGACAGCAACCCCCUCCAAGCCCGACGCACGCUUCUCCGUCUCUUCCCUGCUCUCGCCUCCCGAGAUGAAGCGCUCGGAGAGCUUUUCCAAGUCGCCCGCCGACCGCGCAAUGGAUGCGACGCCUCCCGUCAACCGCCUUACCGUCAACUCUCUAGGCAGCAACAUCCGGAGUUCCGCAAAGGGGCUGCCUCCCUCCCCGCCUGUUUCGCCCUUCGACAAUCUCCACAAGGAGGACUCUCAGUGCUCGGUGGAGGAGGAUACGAGCAGGGACCCGCCUCUGUUCCCGGCGUGGAGCGGUGACAAGAUCGGCGCGACAACCGCGCCCCUGUUCCCUAGCGUUGGAACGACUCCUGAGCACGAUGCCCUCAUCUCCAAGCACAUUGCUGAAUCCAAUGUCUACGACCGACCGACCCGCGAGGAGUACCAAUUGGCAAUCGCCUGCAAGUCAAUUGCCGUCAGCCAGUGGCAGAAGAACCCGGUCGCGUGGAUGCGCAACGAGCGCGCGACCUGGAGUAUGUACGGCCCCAAGAAGUCGACCCAGCGCUCGCACUUGCGGGCGUUGGCCCCCGCUCCCGCCGGCGUGCGCAAGACCAAGCCUGCCGCCCCCAGACUGCCGCGCGCGCCCCGAGUUACGAAGCGCACUCCCAAGGCUGCACUGCUCGAGUCAUUCGACGCAAAGCCCCCGACGCCCAAGGCUCCCCGGGUUCCGGCGUCGCGAGAUGACGUCGACUUCCACAAGAUCCCGAACUAUGCGCCGCCCCUGGAGACGCUUCCCGAAGAUGGCAGGAAAGCUUUGAAGGCGGAAUGGAAGGGUCAGCCCCUUGACCUGUCCGCCGAUCCCGACCGGGGUGAACUCCACCCCUCAGAGCUUAAUGUCGCUUCCACACUCCGACUUACCUGUGCGACCUACCUUUACAACAAGCGACGCAUCUUCCAGGCUCGCGUCCGCGCCCUUCUUAGGGGCGAAGACUUCAACAAGACUAAGGCUCAGCAGGCCUGCAAGAUCGACGUCAACAAGGCCAGCAAGCUGUGGGCAGCCUACGAGAAGAUUGGCUGGUUCAAGCCUGCCUAUUUCCAGCAGCACCUCGACAACUUCAACGACUGGGAGAACUAG